GCUCCUUAAUCCUAAUAAAGAUUUGGCAUUAAUUACCGCAACAGGGAUGGAUGUGAAGAAGGAAGGGGACACCGAGCAGAUGUUUAUCUGUACAGAGCCGUGUGCGGAGCUCCGUAACACAAGUAAAGAAUCUGUGACAUCGAUAGAUGUGAAGCAGGAAGAGGACGCCCAGCAAGAGUCGUGUGCGGGGUUCCAAGAUGAAAAUGCAUUCACAGUAUUACAGAAAGCAGAGAAAGAGAGCGCGAUAGGGGACACACGAGAUACUGAAGCUCAUUCAGACCCCUGUACAGCUGGAUACAUUAACAUUGAUAGGACAAAAGACCCCCACUUCGCAACAUCAGAGAGAGGGACAGAUAAUAGCCGACUGUCACAGAAAUUAGAAGAUGAAUCUUCUGAGAUAAACUCAGCUAAAGGAUCAGUAUUUUGUGAGAAUGGAUUGUUUUCUUCGGCUGUAAUGUCUUAUCAAUGUGAUACAACAUGUGCUGUAAAUGAUGUCUAUGAAAUGGAUUAUAAUGAAGCACCAAUCAGAACAGAGAUAGUUACAAAGAAAGAGGAAGUAGAAUGUGCAGUAGAGGUGGGGAACGUAGCACCUAUUGAGUGCCAAGAAUCCCUUAUCAAAGGAAAAGAAGAUGUCUGUAAUGAAAGUGGCAAACAAUUAGAUUUUGAAUCCAAUUUACAUAAUCAAACCCAAUCAGGAACAAAGCCAUAUACUUGCCAAGAAUGCGGGAAAGAUUUCUCGCAAAUGUCAAGUUUAGUUAGACACCAUAAAACUCAUACUGGGGAGAAACCAUAUAUUUGUCAGAUUUGUGGGAAAGGAUUCUCGCAACGAUCAACUCUUUUUAGACACAGCAUAAUCCAUACGGGCGAAAAGCCAUACGUUUGUCAGAUAUGUGGGAAAGGCUUUAACCAGGGCUCAGAUCUUGUUAAACAUAAAAGAAUGCAUACGGGAGAUAAACCGUAUGUUUGUCAGACAUGUGGAAAAGGCUACUCGGAUAGUACACGUCUAGUAAGACACCAAGCAAUUCAUACAGGAGAGAAACCAUAUGUUUGCCAGAAAUGUGGCAAGGGCUUCACAGAAGGGUCAUAUCUUGUUAAACAUGACAGAACUCACACAGGGGAGAAACCUUAUGUUUGCCAGGAAUGUGGUAAAGGUUUUUCUCAAAUAUCCAAUUUGAUUACACACCAAAAAGCCCAUACGGGCGAGAAACCCUAUGUAUGUCAGACAUGUGGGAAAGGUUUUUUUGAAAGGGCUCAUCUGCUUAGACAUCAUAGAACUCAUACAGGAGAGAAACCAUAUGUUUGUCAACAAUGUGGAAAAGGCUUCUCUCAGAAAUCCAAUUUAAUAACACACUAUAAAACCCAUAGAAAAAAGAAAGGGCAUGUUAGCCAGACAUGAAGAAAAGAUUCCAUUAGUAGAGCACAUCAUGUUGGACAUGAAAUAACUCAUACUAGAGAGAAAUAAAUAAAAGUUCAUUAAUAAUCACAAAUUUAAAAAAAGCUAACCUAAAAUACAAUUUAACCAUAUAACAUCAUUAAUUGUGUCAGGUCAGUAAAGGGAAUAUAAUCUUUCACUGUGUUAUCCAAGUGACUGAUUCAAUACUUCUGCCGUGAUAAAUAGCUGCAGAUUUUUUACAAGAAAAUAGAUUUAUAUAGUGAAGUAUAGUAACCACGCACAUUUUGCUGUCUAUCUGUGGCUUACACGCAGGCAGUGAUUGGUUCCUGCAUGGGUAAAUCACUAGACGGAACUGAACUUUUGAUUGGUCACAGUGUUGGUAUAACAAAGGUGCCAAACACUUGUUGCACUUAUAUUUACAUAAUGUGUGCUUUUUUUUUUUUAAAUGUUGAUAGUGUUGGAAUAAAGAAGAUUGUUGU